CCGAACGAAGAACACAACCAAGCAUUUGGUUUUCAUCGUGUUGAACGAUUUGGGCAUUCACGCGUCUGUCAUUUCAUUUCACAUCCUCCCGGCAGCCAUUUCCCUCGCUCUCUGCGUGACCAAUGGCUGCAGCCACCGGAAUUCGCGGCGUGACCAUCCCUUCGUCGUUGAAAAAUCAGCGUGUGUCUCUCAGCGUGAUGCAUUCCCAAGGAAUAUGCCGCUCUGCUGAUCGUCCAUACACGAAAUUGUUACGAGUGCGACAGAUUUCGUCCAUUCGUGCACGCUCGCAGGCUCCGUCGCAUCAAGACGCCUCCGCGAGGGGAGGAGCUGAUUUGAAACAAGAAGCAGCGAGGCUGGCCAAAGAAUCCGCAAAAUUCCUCGUCGCCACGUCCGCGAGCGUCGCCGUCGCCCUGUCGGCAGGCCUCGGGAUUGCCGAGGCAAGGCCAGAGGGGGUGAACAAGCCCGAGCUGCUGCCCAAGGAGUUCACGACCGUCAUCGACGUCGCGGGGUUCCUCUCCCCCGGCCAGGAGCAACGCUUGGCGAAGGAUGUGGAGCGAUUGGAGCAGGAUACAGGUUAUAAAUUAAGGAUACUGGCGCAGAACUACCCCAACACACCAGGAUUGGCCAUCCGGGAUUACUGGGGCGUGGAUGAUGAGACCGUCGUCUUCGUGGCUGACCCUAACAUGGGUAACCUCCUCAACUUCAAUGUUGGCUCAACCGUGGACCUGUCGGUUCCAAGAAGCUUCUGGAGCCGGCUAGCCGGCAAGUACGGCAAUGUGUUCUACUGGAGGGAGAAGGGCGAAGAUGUCGCCAUAGAGGCGGCUGUGGUCGCCAUUGAUAACUGCCUCAGGGAGGACCCUGGGCCCAGGCAGUGCGCUGAGAUCAAGUGAUUGGGUCAAUUGAUGUACGGUUGCAAUGUAUUGCACUAGAUUGCAGAAGUGACGCUAUGCAUUCUGUUUGGAGGGAGAAGGGCGAGGAUGUGACGACAGAAACUGCUGUGAUCGCAAUCGACCACUGCCUAAGGGAGGACUCUGGCCUGGGUCCAGGCAGUGCGCUGAGAUCAAGUAGUUUGGCGUGUGGAGGCUGUAAUGCAGUCUUGCACUGUCUCGCACUCUUACACAUGUACGGCAGUGUGUUUCUAUGGUGGGGGAAGGGUGAGAAUGUCACAAUGAAGGUGUUGUGACAGCUUUGACAGUCAUCACAGGGAGAAUCGUGAAUGAACCCAGGCAGAGUAUCUGUAUCAAUUAGUCUGCAGUAAUGUUUGCAGACUAAACAUGACUGACUAGGUAUUCACAUGAUACA